AUGGUGGCGGAGGAGAUUGUGGUCUCCCUCUCAGGAGGAGCCCCGUGGGGCUUCAGGCUACAGGGAGGAGCAGAGCAGCAAAAGCCUCUACAGGUGGCCAAGGUAAGGAGGCGCAGCAAAGCCUGCAGAGCUGGACUGAAGGAGCAUGAUGAGCUGGUUGCAAUAGGUGACCAAAUGUGUGCAGAGCUCAGUCAUGCUCAGGCCAUGAGCCUCAUAGACGUACAGAGUGCUACACUCACCCUGAGGGUUAAAAGGGCCCCCUCUGGAUUCCACUCCUCAUCUUACUCUGGUCGCUCUGCAUCGCCCCGCUCCUCCAUGAGGGUCCUGUCACCCCCUAUGGCCUCGUUGCCUUCCCACUGUCCCUCUGUCCUCUCCCCCAAUGGGAUACCCAAAGGCAUCACUUCCCCUCCAGACAGCGAGGCCUACUACGGAGAAACAGACAGUGAUGCAGACACACAGUCACACACUCACCGCCGCCAACGCCGCACACCUCCUCAUGCACGCUCACCUGCUCGCUAUGACAACCAAGAAGAGGAGGAGACCUCAGAGAUGAGCGGGUACGAGAGUGCCACAGAUGCAGGGGUUUCCCUGCAGGGUCCGUGGGAUGGUCAGUGUCUUGGUGGCGUCCCUCGCAGAGAGCUAAUCUACCAGCCCCUUCAGACAGAGUGGACCACUCCAGCACACACCCCGCACACUCUGACUCCUCACACACUCACCCCGACCCCCGAUCAGGGGUUGGUGGAAGCGGAGGGAGAAGGUGACAGUGGCUUCCAGGAGGCGGGGGGCUGCGUUGGGCUGACCUGUGCUCCCCUGGUGUCUCCUGAACGGGCGAAAGAGGCUCUGAUGUUGGGCUCUAGUACACAACUGGUGCCCAUGGUGGGACCACAGCAAACCCCCGUCAGUGAUGAGCUCUCCACAACCUACAUGGACAAAGCACGGCAAGCCAAGUUACAGCGUGGGGAGAGUUUGGUAGAGAAACAGGUGAAAGAAGCUCGCACUAAAUGCCGCUCUAUUGCCUCACUGCUGACUGAUGCUCCCAACCCCAACUCGAAAGGGGUGCUUAUGUUCAAGAAGCGACGGCAGAGGGCCAAGAAGUACACACUGACCUGCUUCGGCAAAGCUGAGGGUGACAGAGGAGGUGAGACAGAGGGAGAGACAGGAGGAGAGACAGAGGAGGAAGGAGGAAGUUCCAUCUUAAGUGGCUCAGAAGUUGACGAGGAGGGAUUCUCUGCAUCAUUUGACCCCACGUGGGAUACUGGUUAUCUAGACCUGUUGGACAGGAGAAGCUCUGCCUGCCCAUCAACCACACCAACUACUCCCACAACACCAAUAACCAAUCACAUCCCAGGGCUGGACCUCUCAGCCUAUCAGACCCCAGGACUUGUGAGCCCUGUCAAUCAAAGCCCCGGGUUGGAGGUCUCAGGGCUGGAGAGCUCAGCCCGUCAGGGUUCAAGGGUGGAGAGCAGCAUCACGAAGCAGCUGAUCACUAACCACCCUGCACACAUGUCUCCUCCAGCUGUGGCUCUGACCAAUGGGGGAUCAGUAGCUGUUAGUCGGGCUAGUGUUGUUCUGAGCCCACCCUCUCAGACACCACUUUCAAGUCAAAAUGGGCAGCAUGACAACUCUAAUCCUAGUCUGAACCCUAAUCUUAGUCCUGGCUCGGUCACAGACUUAGACCAUCACCUGAACACCAGCUUCAGUCCUAAUACAGGUGUUCUGAACCGUACUGCACGCCCCUUCACCCCUGGCCCCACCCCUCCUCGCACAUCUGUGACCUCUGUGAUGUUUCGCCCUCCCCAGCCCAAACCCACAGCCGUGACCAUGACGACCAAACCCGUGCCAGCCGUCUCCAUGGUGACUAUACCACCUACUCGCCAUCAAUCAGGGCCAGAUGCGAGGAGAGCGGUGUCUAGCACCUCUCUGUACAUCCCUCCAAGAAAUAACAACAGCAACACUCAUCAGUCUGUUAACUCCCCUCCCUCUGCUCUCUCGCCUCCUUCCUCUCUGUCUUCUGCACCUUUCUCCCAGUCUCCUGCAAACCCACACACGUUUUCUCCUCAGCCUGCGGUAUAUGCUUCGCUCUCCACCCCUUUCUCUCCCUCUGCAGCUCAAGCUCCCCCAGUCUGUCCAUCACCUGCUCAACCCUUCUCCCCUCUGGCUCCACAGCCAUUUCCCUCUCCACUUGCUCCUACUUACCCACCUCCCUCCACUUGCAUUUCUGCUCCUCCCAUUUCCCCACCAUAUCCCCCUGAUCUGACUCAGGUUUCCUUCCAUGCCCAGUCCACUCACCCUCCUCCUCCCAUCCAGCCUUCUCCAUCUCCAUCUGUCCACCCUUACAUCAAUAUGACAGGUGCAAUGACUCCCAGCCCUGAUGCUGCCAUGGCAACUGCAUCAGCACCCCAGGCUCCUGCCCCUGAUUCACUUGAGACGCGUGAGCAGCGCAUCUCUGUCCCUGCCGCUCGCACCGGCAUCCUGCAGGAUGCCCGUCGUCGCAGCAACAAGAAGCCAAUGUUCUGUGCAGUCCAGAACAAAGAUGUUUCUCCAAACCCGGACUUGCUGUCGAUGGUCCAGAACAUGGAUGACCGCUUUGGGAGAGUCCCGGGUGCUGAAUCUGGAGCUGCACCCACUGGGGAGGCUGGGCACGAGUCAGGGCCUGAGGAGGACUGGCUGAGGCUGGGGGCAGAGGCCUGCAACUUCAUGCAGGCUCAGCGAGGAACGAGGCCACCUCCUGUAGCCCCAAAACCGCAAGCCCCUCAGGUGCCACAGCUGGCCGGGAAGGGAGGUCAGCUGUUUGCCCGCAGACAAAACAGGAUGGAUCGGUAUGUUGUGGAGCGAUCUCCCUCUGUUGCUGCAGCACCUUACUCUCCUGCUCAGACAAGGGAGCCCUCACCCACACCUUCUCUUCCUGCCACCUGGAAGUACUCCUCCAACAUCCGUGCUCCACCUCCCAUCAGCUACAACCCCCUCCUCUCCCCCUCCUGCCCUCUGAAGGCCCAGAAGAAGCCUGAGGUGAAAAAAUCUGGGCCAGCUGGAUCUAAAGGGCAGAAAGCAGGUAUCAAACCUGUGGACAUUAUGAGCCACCAGCCCUACCAGCUCAACUCCUCUCUGUUCAGCUAUGGGGCCAGUGUUCCCCAAGACAAAUCCACCAAUCAGCACCAGCAGCGAGGAAUGACAGGUGGUGCUCAGAAAACAGCACGAGUUUAUGAAGUGAAGCGCUUCUCCACACCCCCUCCAACAGCAACAGGGCCUGCCCUCAAAGUCAUUGUUCCUCGCUCAGCUACGACACUUGGAGAACCGCUGUGGCGCUCUGAUGUCACGUCUCCUCCACCCACAGUUGGUCCCACUCCCUACCAACCAUAUCAGCCUCAACCUCAGUGGGCCACUGCUCCUCUGUCUCCCCCUGUGCCUCCUGCUCCUACUGCCCCACUGCCCCAGCUCCCCACCUUCUCCUCUGCUCCUGCUUCAAACCCAGUCCAGUCCCCUUCUUUCUCCCACCUUCAGCCCUCCAACACUGCGCAGGCAAACAGGGAGUUUAAGAGCACUCCAGACCUGAGUCCCCUGGGUCCUACUCUUGCCUCUCAGCCGGCAUCCAACAGCACUCAACCUACCAGGGUACCCCGGCCCAGGUUCAGCACUUCCAAUCUGGGUCUGCAGCCUUGCGUCUGGCGCCCUGGAUCCACUAUGCACUGAACAGAUUCUGGUCUGGACACAAGAAACCAGGGCUCUGUGGGAACAGGGAGACACAUUUUUUUUAAAAAAUAGGCCCAUGUGUUUUUAGUGUUUUAAUAUUGUUAUUCAAGGCCACAUUUUAUCACAAGGUCUGUUUGGAUCGGCCACACAUGUAGCACAUUUUAUCACAAUAUUUAUUCCUACUGACUCUUUUAUCCAGUGCAUCUGGUUAUAGUUAAAAGGAACACUGUGUUUUGCAAAGGAAAUGUGAUGUGGAAACCCGAGAGAGGUUAAAACUGCAGACUGAAAGGACAGGAAGAGAUGCUGGGAGAAACGGAAAAUAAAUUUCUGUAAAUAUUGUGUUGAAUGAUUUAUGAAUUAGGUUAAGAACAUAAAAAAGAACAGAGGAUGUGAAAUGACAAGAAUGUUUUAAGAGAGAUGUAGUCAGGGACCGUGGAAAGGAUGAAAAGGCACUGAUGAGGUGACAUUAUAGGAACAAUGUCUGAGGAGGUGUAAAAGGUACAGAUGUGACUAAUACCUUCACAAUCUGUAAACAUCCUGCAGUACCUGUUGCUAUACAAAUAUAUCAUAUCAGAAAAUCUGAAAUACUAACAUAUUUUUAGUAGCUACUAUAACUGUAAUUCCCCUUCUGUAAUAUAUAUUAGGGAUUUGUGUGUGAUGAUGAUUCUGAGUGUGUUUUUUUUUAGUUGCACUCAGCAGCAGUGUGUGCUUUGUUUUCUGUAGUUUUUCAUAGGGCGAGGGGCACAGCUGUCACGAAGAGGGGAAAAGCCUUUUACCGUAGACUUGAUUUCUGAUCUGCUGAUAUGGAACAAGAGAGCUAUAACGUGUCUGUUUAGCUGUGAUUCUUUUACACAGAGACAUGCAGCGGAAUAAAAAUAGACAUGACUCAC